AUGAGAACCGACGAUGUCGAAAAGGGCCACGACUCGCCGUCCUGGAAGAGCGUGAGCCAAUUCGAGCUGGAUAACAGCUCCUCACACGCCACCAGCGAGUCAGAGCCCGAACCCAAGCCCGCACCCGCAUCCGAGCCCCAAAGUCGGUAUCAGCGAUGGGCGGCGACCAUGAAAGGCAUGGAAACCCGCGGCAUUGAGCCUGUGCCAGUGGAAGAGCGACAGGCCGUUACCCCGUCGACAUCGCUACAUAUGCUGCUCAUGUGGUUUAGCAUGACGCUGGCGACGAACAAUAUCAUUGUUGGGUCGAUGGGGACCCUUGUUUUGGGUCUGCGUUUCAAGGACGCGGUUAUCUGUGCCAUCUUUGGGAAUCUGUUGGGUGCGUUAGCGGUGGGCUAUAUGAGUACCUGGGGGCCUCGGAGCGGGAAUCGCACGCUGAUCGUGGCCCGCUAUUUCAUGGGGUAUUACCCCAGCCGGGUCUGCUGCGCGCUCAACGUCUUCACCAAUUUGGGAUACAGUAUGGUCAAUAGCGUUGUUGGGGGCCAGAUCCUCUCCAAGGUGUCUGGGGGACAUCUCUCCGUGCUGGUGGGCAUUGUGAUUGUAGCGGUCUCGAGUUGGGUCAUGGCCAUGUUCGGCAUGAAGAUCUUCCAAGUUUAUGAAAGAUUCGCCUGGCUGCCGCAAUUGAUGGUGCUCUGCAUCAUGGUAGGCUCCGCAGCCUCUCGCUUUGACCUCAACAUCCAGUCGCCCGCCUCACCGGAACGGCUCAACGCCAAGCGCAUAACCUUCUUCUCCCUGUGCCUGUCCAUCGCGCUGGCCUGGGCCCCGCUCGCCGCCGACUACUACGUCUAUUACCCGCCGCACGUCAAGCGCUGGCGGACAUUCCUCGUGACGGUGCUGGGCGCCGGCCAGGCCAUGGUAAUCACCCUGCUGAUUGGGAUCGGACUGGGUACGGUGGUAGCCAGCUCGCCGCAGUAUGCAGCGCGGUAUGGCAACACGCCAGGCGAUUUGCUGAUGACGGCGUACGACUCGCUGGGCACGUUCGGCAAGUUCUGUGCGGUGAUCAACGUGCUCGCGCUGGUGGCCAACAACACGCCCGGCGCUUACUCGAUGGGCAUGAACUUCCAGAUGCUCGGGACGUGGUUCCAGAAGGUACCUCGGCCCUUCUUCACGACCCUCACCACGGCCAUUUAUACCGCCUGCGCCAUGGGCGGGCGGAACUCGCUGUACGAGAUCUUCAAAGGAUUCCUGCCGCUGAUCGGAUACUGGGUCAUCAUUUGGUUCGUGAUCGUUGUGGAAGAAGACCUGCUGUUCCGCCGGCGCAAGGGGUAUGACUGGUCCGCGUGGGACGACCGUUCGAGUCUGCCCAUGGGGAUUGCCGCGAGCGUUGCUUUUCUGGUUGGAUGGGCUGGUGCGAUCGUCGGGAUGGACCAAGCUUAUUACGCUGGCCCUAUUGCGGUGUUCACCGGUGGGUCAGACCUGGGUCUCUGGCUGGCUGCCGGGUUCACGACCGUGGCGUUUCCACCAUUGAGAGCUUUGGAGCUGUGGCUCAUUGGUCGUUAA